UCACAGCCGUCGGCUCGGUGGAAAACACUCGUGAACUACUCUCAAACUUUAAUGUCCACAUUUAAUGGGAGUUGAGCUGUUCUGGGGUCAGUGUGAGGGGGGAAAUCUGCGAGCUCUGGACUUUAGAGAGGAAACUUUUCGCGACUGAUCUUUGUGCUCUCGAGGAUUUACCGACAACUGCAGCAGGUGAAGACUGGAGAAGCGUGUCAAGGCUGCAGACAGACACACAGAACUCUCUCCUCGUACCCAUGGCGGCCAACUUCACCCCUCAGGGUUGCGGCCCGAAUGUGGACUCGCUUUAUUACAACCUGUGUGACAUCAGCGCCGUGUGGGGCAUCGUGCUGGAGGCCUUCGCGGCUGCUGGCAUCGUCUUCUCCUUUGUGCUCUUCAUCGCGCUGUUGGCCAGCAUUCCCUUCACGCAAAACAAGAACCGUAAGAGCUCGGUCGCUCUCCACGCUUUCUUCCUGGAUUUCACUGCCGGCCUCUUCUGCCUCACCUUUGCCUUCAUCGUGGGGAAGGACUUUUCCACCUGUGCUUCGCGGAGGUUCCUCUUCGGGGUGCUGUUCGGCGGCUGCUUCGCCUGCCUCCUGAUGCAGUGCGUGAGGCUGAACAUCCUCGCCAGGAGGAACAGCGGGCCCCGGGCGUGGGCCUUAUGUCUGGGGGCGUUGGGGCUCUGGUUGGUGGAGGUGGUGGUCAACACGGAGUGGCUGAUCAUCACAAUAGUGCGCCAACCAGUUCCACCCAAUGCUACGGAUGAAAUUAGGAAAGCCAUGACCUCACCAUGCAACAUCGCCAACGAGGACUUCGUCAUGGCGCUGAUCUACGUGAUGACCCUGAUCCUGGCCGUGCUGGUGGCAAGUCUGGCCAUCAUGGCGGGAAAGCACAAGCAGUGGAAGAUGGAGGGCGUCUGUAUCCUUCUCACCAGCUUGUUCUCCGUGGGUAUUUGGGUGGCGUGGAUCGUCAUGUAUGUCUACGGAAACGCGAGGACCGGCGGGCCCACAUGGGACGACCCCACAUUGGCCAUCGCCUUGGUGGCAAAUGCAUGGGUGUUCCUCAUCAUCUACACCAUUCCGGAAAUCUGCUGUCUGACCAGUGAUGAUGAAAGCCAGCAAAGUUUAGGGGAAGAGAUGUACCCGAACCGAGGAGUGGGCUACGAGACCAUCCUCAAGGAGCAGAGCUCCCAGAACAUGUUCAUGGAGAAUAAGGCUUUCUCCAUGGACGAGCCCAACCAAGCGUCCAAGCCGGUGUCUCCAUACAGCGGCUACACCGGUCAGCUGCGGAGUUCAGUGUACCAGCCCACCGAGCUGGCUCUCAUCACCAAAGCAGUGACAAAUCACCCUCAGGACUCCUUCGACAUGGUCAUUCCCAGAGCUUCCACCCACUCUGCAGCCAACAGCGGGAGCAGCACCCCGUCCACACACACCGAGAACGGGAGCACUGGGCACACACAGACAAACGGAAAUAGCGUAGGGAAAUGGUCUGCAUAGGACGUCUCAGUGGUGAACACGCUGUGGAUCUCUAUACCCAGUCACAGUAGCUUCAGUUCACGUCUUUUCACUCACACUUGCUGACUGUUCGUUUGCUGUUAUCCGUGGUUCCCUAAGCUGGUUCUAAGAGGAACCUCUCAGUCCCUAACAUGUGGGCGCGAACGCUGGGUCAUCAACCCCGAUGGACAACAGCUAAAACCUUCUUUUGACUGAUUCGCCAUGUGCCGCUGGGUAUCAGACAGUACAGAGCUUCAUUUGGAAGUCAAAGCGAGGGGGAUGAAGCCACGGCUUUGCUGCCAAACAAAGACUUUUUUUGCAAUGGUGGCUGUUCACUGAGAGAGAAAUGUGCACAGAUGGAGAGUGACGGUGCUGACGGCGCAAAAACAUGGCUGGAGAGAAAGGUGUGGCUCAAUGUUGGGAUUGUCUUUGGCCCGGUAUGAUAUUCACGUGUACACAAAGUCCACCCCUUCUCCCGACACACACCGUAAACAUAACUGUCACUGCACCGACGGAGCGAUCGUCACUCAGUUCAGCAUGAAAGCAGACUCCAUUCACGUCCUAUAAGAAAUAUUGUGCAUGGUCGAGUUUAAUGAUAGAAGUCAGCAAAUGUUCUUGUGCCUGAAAUGUGAAUAUUGUCAUUAACCACAACGUUCAUGUGUGUAACUGAGCGACUGUUUCUGAAUUGAUGUAAAUAUGUUGCUAAUGUGCCGAUGCCUCAACACUGCAUGAAAGCAACUGCAUGAAUAUGUGUAUUUAACAUUAUUUAUAGCACUGCUGUGUGCUAUUUAAUUAUUUUUGUCUAACUUCAUUCAAUCGAUUGUGCGAAUCAGGUGGUGAAAUUGUGUCAUGAAUCAUUUUGUUAGCGCUGAAUGACAACACAUCCCUGAACGUUAGCGACGGCAGCUUCAUGGGAGCUGUAGUUAUUGAACGUAAACAAAAUAAUAGAAGGCUGUGUGUGAAAUCCUUCGCUGUUCACUGAUGUCUGAAUGUGUUAUUUUAUAUUUUUCAUCACACAGUACUUUCUGUGGGACUUCCCCCACAAAAGCUAACUACUGUUGUGCAUUUAAUUUAUCAGCACGUGAACAGAGUUGCAUUUUAAAAAAGGCAUGUGGGCGUCACCAUCUUUUGCAGUCCACUUGGAGUGGUUAACGGCCUGCGACUAAAGCUGCCCAGCCACGAGCAGAAGAUGUUGGCAGUUAACGUUUCGGCAAAUCACAAAUAUGUGAUAUAUGUGUCAUAUGUGCUGUCAGAAUCGGAAUCAUAAAUUUCCCAAUUUGGUAUGUUACCAUAUUGACAUUUCUUCAAUAUGUCUUAUAUUACGUUUAACGUACACGUAUGUAUGACGUACAUGACAUGUUUAUAGGAUGACUUUCAUAUUGGAAGACUUGGAAGACAUAUUGGAAGAGCUGGAGACAAUUUCCAUGGACUUUUUAAAUAAGACAUACGGACAUUUUCAGGAUUAAAUGCCAAAACAUGAUCGUUUCCUCACACUAACCAAGUGAGUUUCAUGUCUAAAACAACCAACAUACAGAUCAGUACACAUUUAUUCUAAUGUUGAAUUAACGACAACUCAGACGUCAUUUUUCAGUCCUUCUCCAAGUGGAAACUGAAAUCAGAACAUACCAGAAUCUUGUGAUCAUGUGCUGUGAGUGAAUGAGUGAAGAGCUUCACACACAGCUAGUGAUUUAUCCUGGUGCUCAAACUGUCCAGUGCAACAGUAGACACACAUUUUGCUUAAUCAUUGACAGGAAACACCAUUUUUAUGUUUCAGCUUUUAGAAAGAAAAUAAAAAGAGGGGAUGGAAAAGUUGGAAUAGAUCUCACACAGGGAGUCGUUAAUAAUGCCUUUAUUUUGAUGUACUGACAUGUUUUAAUUGAUCACAGAUCACAGCCAGUGUGUGAAUUGUCCUUUAUGUACAGCAAAUAAAUAUUCACUUGUGAUGUUA